AUGUUUCUGCGCACACUUUCCCGCGAGUUUAUGGUGAAGUCUCCAGCAAACAGCGCCCACGGCGUAACUGGCGAAGUGAUGAAAGCUGUUGUUGAGCAUUCCGAGCUUGUGAAUCGCGAGAUAGAGAUCCGUACGGAGAUCCUGGCCUUCUCAAUCUCGCAUGACCAUGCUGCAGCGAGGAUAUAUGGUUCGCACACUGAUCUAUGGAAAAGACGGACUACUUCCUACCGUCAUGCGCGAUUUAUACAGAGUUUAUACGGCUGUAGUAGUCUUAACCCCGAACCCGUAACUGAGCUCGAGGAGUCAGAUAAAUUCAACGUGGUGGUCCUAAUUGACUACGGUCUGAAGGAUGUCAGGAACAAAUUGGACCCCAUUAAUUAG